UUUUUAAAAAAAAUUAUUUCAUUUCCUCUGUCAUUUUCUUUCUCCUGUUUGGUUUCCAAGAAAAUAAAAAAGCCACGUAGUCUCCACUUUCUCGUGAUUUCCUUCACAUUUUCCAAAUGGGUUUUCAUUUUAAAGUGCAAUGCUGGAGUUUUUUUUUCUCGAAAUUAUUUUGUGUUUUUUUUUUACUAAAUCAUUUUUAGUCUUCGUUGUAUUAUUGGUUUUUUAUUAAAGUUAAAAGCAUUUAAGAAAUGUAUUAAUGGAUACAGGCGUAGGUAGUUUGUGCUGUUAAUUAUUAACAGCGUCUAGUAUAAGCCAUUUUCAAGUUUAUUUGUUUUUAUAAUUUUUUCCCUUCUUGAGCUGGUUUAUGACUUUGGUAAAUAUAUAUGCCAAUUUUUUUCCUUAAAAAAACUUUUUUGGGCUUUAAUUUUCUGUCAAGUGAUUAGAGUGUGGAUUUUUCUUAAUUUUUUUUUGUUUAUCUUUCCUUUUUCGGGUCCCAGAUAGUUAAUUACUUCGAUUAUGUAACUUGUUUGUUUUUUUUCAUUAAUUUUUAACCCAUUUAGAAUCUUGAUUUAUUAUAUAAUAAUGGGUUUUCUUUAAACCUGCUUUUGUUACUUUCUUGGUGAAUUUUUUAGUGAAUGGUGAUUUAUUUAUGUGAAUUUCAGGGUAACCCCACGUUGAAACUUCAUGGAUUGGGAUCUUUGGGGUCCACCAAAUGAUAUAGUGGCAGAAGAAAGCGGUUUUGAUAAUUCCCAGUGUGACUUUUACUUUGGUUAUGUGUUUGAUGUGAUAGAAGAAGAAGCUCUGAACGAGAAAUCUUGUGUGCAAGUGCUGAGGAUUUUGAUAAAGAAGGCAGAUACAGAAAUUCUUGAAUUUGAACAAGAUUUGUUAUCCUUGCAGACUGAACUAGCUUGGGUUGAAAAUGAAGAUUGGCCUGAUAUAUGUUGUAAUGCUUUGAGAGAAAAGAUUGAUUUCCUUGAUAUUUCAAUAAAAAAUCUGACGAGUAAAGACAAGAAUGAAAUCGAGGUUCGUUUACUGAUGUAUACACAACCUGUUGAGACACUGGACGAAAUUUUGAAGGUGCUUUUCAGAAAUUACAUCUGCGAAAAGGAUAAGCAGCAUAAGAAUGCCAUUGUCUUGGGUUCAAGCUCAGAUGCUCCACAACAUGCAACCAAUGGUUUGGACAAGGAGAAAAGGUUGAGCAACUGCAAUUUGGAAACAGUUACGAGUGAGAAAACCAAGGACUGCAGCUCUAUUCCAACAGAACAUUGUGCAAUUUUGAAUCCAUCUUUGAAUCUUCAAGGGAAGAAAACUGGCAAUUCGAUGGUCGUGAAGCUUGCAAGUUCUAAUAUCAAAGUCUCCGCCCCACAGUCUUCAGAAGUGGCACCUGAUUACUCUGAUAAGAAGAAAUCAUUGAGCUUGUGUAUUCCAAGAAGUACUGGGAAAGGGGAUGACAGAGAGCAUGGCUCAACUCCAGAAGAUGAGAAACUGAUCCAAAGUUUGUCUUCAAAAUCAGCAUAUAAGGGAAGACAUAGUCUAAAACCGGUCAACGUUGAGCCUACAGAAAAUAGUGCAAGUAAUUCCACUAUAUAUGCUUCGGAAAAUGCAGUCACCCCCUCCAAUAAGGAAAAACUGGAUGAUUCAGAUUCAAUUGCAACUGAAGAAGUUGAAGAACACAGUUCUAUAUCUACAGUUGAUGUUGUAACCUCAGUUACUUCUUCAAAGCCUGUGGUGAAGAAAACAGAUCUCAGGAAAAUAGUCAAGCCUUCAAAUACAGCUGCUAAAGAUUUUGGCCCAAGUGGUAAUAGGAAUGCAGCACAUCGCUCCAGUGAGAAUAAAAUGUUGGUGACGCCUGAUCUGAAAGUAAUUGGAAAUGAGGAAGCCACAGGACUCCAAUCUAGAGCUAGAGGCAAAAGUAAAACUUCGAGUUCAUCUUCAAAUCUGGAGGGCAGAAGAAAUCGUCCAGGAACAGAUGAGCCUGCAGGUGCUAUUCUAAAAAUUGUUCGUGCAGAAGCUCUAAGAAGUCCAGCUGGCCUCCAUGGAACUAAAGACAAUUCUGAUUGUGCGCUAGGUACUUUUAAACAGGCUAAGGGCAGCAACUCUGGUACAGAGCAAAAAUUGUCUGAGUUUGCUCCAAAAUCAGCACUGAAACGAACUGUGAAAGAAUUAAAGAUUGCUGUAGCUCAUGAUGUAGUUUCAUUGAAGUCACCACGGAAGACAAAUGGCAAAAAGAAAACUCCUUUAAUUGUGAAGUUUAGAGAAACUGAUCUGACUGACACUGAAAAUUGUGCCUUGACUUCACUUUUAGAGAUACAAGAUCACGGAGGGAGAAAUACAGCCAAGCUGCAGCCUGAGGAAGAAAAACCUAUGCUGGUUGAAGUUCAAAUGACAGAAAUUUCUGCUGAUGAGAAAAGGUCGAGCUUGAAUUUGUCCUUGAUUCGACAAAAAGAGAAGGGAAAGAGGCAUAUCAAGACAAAUCCACCAAUUCUCCAUGAGAUUGGUUUCUCUGAACUGAUACUUAAAAGUUCAUCUUCUAUUUCUGAAAGCAAUAAGAAACGAAAAUCUGGAGCCGGCCCACAAAAUGCCAGUUUAAACCAGACUUUGAGUAGAAAGAUCACAAAAAAAUCAGCAAGACCUGACAAGGGUGAAGCUAGAGAACACGGCGCUGCAACUUAUAAUGCCCCGAAUUCAGUAUCAGAGCCUCAGAAGAAAAAAAAGGUAUGUGUAAAUUUUCCACUCCCUCUGGGGACUGAAGAUCCAACUGUUCAAAUGGAUUUAUCUAGUUCACUUGGGGACACAAUUGACGGUGCAAGCAAGGAUGACCUUUCAGUUGAAGAGUCUUGCUCAAUCUGUGAUUCCAGUUCGGAGGUUGUGGCAUCAUUUUCUUCUGCUAUGAGCACCUUGAGGAACUUGCCUUUAGCUGAACUGAGGACCAUUGCAGGCCGACUUAAACUAGCCAAAUUCAGUAAGCUUCGGAAAGCGGUGCUACUUGAACAAAUAACAGAGCGUCUUGUUAAUUGAAGAGCAUCCAAGUCGUACAUAUCACUAUCCGUCAUUCUUCUCAUUAUUUGCUUCCUUGUCCAUGUUUUUGUAGGUUUCUCUUUGGACCAUGUUUGAAUGGCUCCAUUGGGACAAACCACUGCACAACAGGCCAAAGGUGUACCGCAAUACCAUAAUGACCAAGCACAUGUUCACUUGAGAUAUUGGCGUGUGUGUAUAUGAAAAAGGAAAAGUGAGGUUUUACAAAUGGACUGAAGGCAGGCCUUCCUCAUUUCAGGUCCAGUUUAGGGUUUCAUGGAGUGCUUGAGUUUUUAUUGUUAUGUAUUCGCAAUCUUUACGCGAGGGGAUGAAUAAUAAUAUGGCUACUGUGAAAACUCA